GUGUCCGCGGUCGGCACCUCGCGAUGCGGAACGGCGCGUCGCUGAAACGGCAGCGAUUGAUAAUUGUAGGUGUGCGUGUGUGUAUGUGUGUAUGUGACUCGCGAAUUCGGGAUCGACGUCGUGAUUAAGCUCGCCGGGCAUGGCGUUCGCGUAUUGCUAACAGCGUACGCGAAUAGUUCGCCGAACUCGUCCGCGCGGCCCUUGGGAAGGGCGAGAACGCUGUUCUCGAAGCGCCGCGGAGCGGAAUUGUGCGGAGUCGGGCGGCUUGUCUGACCGAAAGAUAAAGAGAGAGAGAGAGAGAGUGAGAUGCUCGGGCGCACAUGGUGACAUCGUCUUCCGGAUUUUUCUGCAAUGAAAUACAUGAAUGACAAUGGGCUGAAAUGCUUAAAUGAUUAGCACCUACAUUUAAUUGUUAUAAACUAUUGUCAACGAGUUUGCGUCAGACAUGGCAGCUAUAGAAGAGAAAAAGCGAGUCGGUGGCUCUAAGGUGUCAGCCAUUGCAAACAUCUUUCAGUCCAAACCGCAAUUGGAUCUAAGCCAUAGAACUAACAAUAUUCUGUCGGAGGGAUUUAAGGAGCCAGCUGUUCCGCUGAAAGAAUCUCCGACGCAAGUAACAGUGGUCAGAACGGAGAGUCAUGUAGCACGUUUUAACAAUGCUCGAGCUCUCUUUGAGAAGCUCGGCGAGGAAAACAAAUCGAAUAGACCGGUGGAUCGGGUUACUAAACCCAACAAUUUGCACGGUCUUCGGUCCCGCUCUAGCUCCGCAAAUUCGGGUUCCGGGUGCACCUCUCCCGCGAGGUCACCCCGUCCUCGUUCACCUUCUCCACCAGGCAAUCGCGAGCAUCUGAGUACAUGGAGCGCCAGUGUACCGACUUUGAAUGCGGAACGGCAUUUCGAGAAUGGUCACUGUGCGCCAGAGCGACGUCCCUGCGCGGGUAAAGUCGAGCGGACGUUGGGCAAAGAAAACGAUCGACCGGAACGGCCGGAGAAACCGGAACGUCGGCCGAAUUCGAAGGAACUUAUAGAGAAACAGAAAAAUUGGACUAGCCAUUUCUCCAAAACUAGACCAAGUCGCUACAACUCUGAUCCGAAUCGCUCGCUGGUUCAGACAUCCCUAAAUUCACAGAACGCUCAGAAUCAGAUCCAGCAAUCGGUGUCCGUCGAUGCUUGUCAGAGCUCAGUAAGCGCAACGACAAAUGAUUUCGCCAAUCCGGCUACUAGAUCGGCAAGCUUCUGUUCGGCACGUUCGCCUCCGCCGCCGCCUCCGCCUGUUCGGAAUUCGUCCGCGGCCGGCAGGAGAGAACGACCGGCAAGUAUUGCCACCAUCAACCCAUCCGAGUUAUUGGAGAGCCCGGAAUACGCGACAGUGGAGAGGUUCGACGAUAUCUCGCCGACCAUUCCUGAAUAUGCUGUUGUUCAAAAGACAAAAAAGCUUCAAGAUAAUAUGAAAGAGAGCCAAGAUGAUGGCGCUGGUAAGACUCAAGAUGCCAUAUUACCGGAGUAUGCUGUUGUGCAAAAGAAUAGCUCGAAGGCAGCUUUGAAACCAAUGGAAAAAGAAACUUCCAAGGUCAAUGCAAGCCAGAAGAGCGCAGUUACUCCGGAGGCAACUGCAGGGAAUAAAAUUGUGACUUCGAAAUCUACAGAAAGCGCCAAAGACAUCUCUAAGAUCACUUUACAGAACUCAAAGAGUUUAGCAACUGCAGAAGCAGUCCCAGGAAACAAAACUGUAAUUGUAAAGUCAGUAGAGGAUACCAAGGAGACUUCCAAGCCUGUUGUGCAGAGUUCAAAAAGCUCAAUAGUUAUGGAAGGAGUUCCAGGAUAUAAAAACGCAAUUUCGAAAUCAAUGGAAAAUUCGAAAGAAAUCUCGAAGAAUUCCAUACCUGCGGAUGGAGUACCAGUAUUCAGAACUGCGAUUUCUAAGCCAAUAGAGGAUUCAAAAGAGAAGACUGAAGGAUUAAAAGAAGUUAUAAAAUGCUCGACAGCUGCAGAAUCUAAAACUUCCGUCACGAAUGAAAUUAAUAAUGACGUUUCUGAACAAACGAAGGCAUCACCAAUAUUGCAUUACGAGGUUUCUAGUCCGACUCGAAAUGUCUCGAUGGAUAACGUGCUAGUAAGGAGGGAGAGCGAUUUGCUAGAGGCACCGGAAUAUUUUAAUUGUCCUCCGAGUCCGAUUCACUCACCGGCAAAGACUUCUGAGUGGAGAAAUGAGUGGCUGGCGAAGAACGACGAGAUUCUAAAGAGAACCGUAGAUUUGAAAAUCUCGACGAAAGAAGUUCCAGAGGCAGAAUUACGUAGCGAAGUUAUCAGACCAGAUCCAAGACCUGAUUGGGCCAGACCAAGCGCGAAUGCGAAAAGGAAAGACACUAUGGCGGACGAUAAAAAAGAACUGAUACGCUCUCCAGAAUCCGAACUAGGACUGCCCUCCGUAGGCACAGAUAGCGCUUCAUCCAGCAUGAGCUCACCUAGUUCACCCUCCAAGGAUAGUAAGGAGGAAAAGGCGGAGAAGGAAAUGUCAGAAAAGCAUCAGACAGGUCGCAAUAGCUAUGACUUGGAGACAGAAGAUCAAGAAAAACCAGCCACGUAUCAGGGCAUGGAGACCGUCUCCGAAAAGGACCAAUUCCAGUUUAACGAAACAGACACAACUACAGUCAUUCGACGUUCUCACGUGCGUCUUGAUCUUCAAGCUGCGGGUUUAGGUCCACGUCCGCCUUCUGUGAUCAGUUCUGACCAAGAAUAUCCUCCGUUGGAGCAUAAGGAUAUUCCUGUGCCCUCUCCAUAUGCCAAAAAGCUACAGAGUGAAGAUACUGUUUCGCAGAGUAAUCCUGAAUGCAAAAUAAAAACUAAACUAAGUGCAGAAAUAAAGAAUGAUAGUGAUACUACAGAGGUAAUAAAGAUCAAUUCUACAUCUACAGAAGUAUUGUCAGAGAUCAAGCCAAAGCCCAGCAGUGAUGGAGUAUGUCAGAAGACUGUCUCGAAUGCGAAAAAUGAUCAAAUCAAGAUCAGUCUAAGGGAGAAGAUUGCAAAGAACAAAGAGGAGGUCUCUGACAAGCGUUCCAGCUUUGUAGAGGCAGAAAGCAAGGUUGAUAGUGUAGACAAAGUGACCCACCGCAGUCAGGAAAUGAAUAACUUUGGAUCCAUUGCAAAGGAGAACAAAGAUGAGGAGAAAUAUACAACAGAAGUAGCUAAUUCCGAUAUCAGCAAUAAAAAGGAUUGCAUCGCAGCAGUGAAUAAUGUCUUAAACAGGAAAACGGAAGAGAAUGUGGAGCAAAUCCAGACGACGUGGGAGCAGGAGAAGCAAAAGGCCGAACUGGCGAAACUCAGAUUAUCGGAGAAUUAUAAUCAGGGUUCUCCACUGGCAUCUAAUGUGCUUUCGCAAAAACAUUCCGGCAGAAAAUCCAUCGAACAUUCUGCAUCAGAAAGCAGUCAAAUCGAAGACAGUGAUUCUAGUGAUACUAAAACCGUUACCAAUAUUGAGUGCGUGACGAUGGAUAUGCAAAAUAAUUCUCCUAGAUUAACGGAGACUCCUUCGAAGACUGGUGUCAAUCAUAUCACUCCUGUGACACCAGAUACAAUGACUCCAGAUGAAGCUGAAAAUCUACUGAGUUCUCGCAUCUUAGAGAAAAAGAUCAGACAAGGUUCGGCAUUGCUAUCGGAUGAGGAGGCACAGGAGAUAGCGAGGCUGCUAUCUCCCACCAGUGUCGAUGGCGCGGCAGGUGAUGGGAUUUCUAAUGACAAGAAUAAGGAAGGACAGGACAGGGAUAGCAGAGAUGACCAGGAUAACACGCCCGAUUGGCUGUCCGAUGUCCUGUCUGCUCCUGAUUCCAGUCUUAUCAAUAGCGCCACUCACGAUUAUAGCCUAUCUCAUAGAUCUCGCAGUGACCUGACAAUCGAUUCGUUGACGGAGAGCCAAAUAGGAUCAGUGACUGGAAGUGAGAGUGGAUUGCUAGGCUCCGUCAGUAGUUUAAACGACACCCAGGAAGCUAACGACGACACCGAAACCGAGCAUCAGGACGAGUACAUUCCGACUCCAGGAAAAAUAGUACUCGUCGAGAAUGGCGUGCACUAUUUCGAAGACGGCCACUUCUGGAUGGAGGUCGCGGGAAUUCCAGAAUCCGAUGAGGAUGACGAGGAUUAUCCGUCUACCGUGCCCGUGAAGAAAACUUCCAAGGUGUCUUUCGACACCGGUCCCAUGCGCGUUUACUCCACGCACUCGGUCAACGAAUAUGAUCGCCGUAACGAGGAUGUUGAUCCUGUCGCAGCUAGUGCGGAAUAUGAACUAGAGAAACGUGUCGAAAAGAUGGAGGUUUUCCCAGUCGAGUUGAUGAAAGGCCCGGAGGGUCUGGGUCUCAGCAUAAUUGGGAUGGGCGUGGGUGCGGACGCAGGUUUAGAGAAGCUGGGCAUUUUCGUGAAAACUAUCACGGAGAAAGGUGCGGCCGCGCGUGAGGGGCGAAUCCAGGUGAACGAUCAGAUCGUCGAGGUCGAUGGCAAGAGUCUGGUCGGCGUAACGCAGGCUUAUGCCGCUAGUGUGCUAAGGAACACUUCCGGUCUUGUACGAUUCGUCAUUGGCAGGGAAAAGGAUCCCAAGAAUUCUGAAGUGGCAAUGCUGAUUAGACAGAGUCUUCAGGCGGACAAGGAAAGAGAGCUGGCAAAUGCUGCCAAUAGAAAACUCAAUUUUUCCGAUGCAUCCCCCGAUGGCCAACGAGGCAGCGAAGAUAUCUCCAUCGGUAGCGGGAUAAGCGGAAUCCCCGGUUCGCCGGCGAUGUCUUCUUGUUCGGAAGGGGAACCAGCUCAUAGCCCCAUUGAGAACUACCUAUCACCCUCUAGUCGCAGCCGAUCUCCUAUACUUAGCUCAUCCAUGCCACAACACACUGCCACUACACAAAGCGACGUAGAUAGUCUGCGAUUGCUCUUGCAAGAGAGUCAGUAUAAACUUGCAAUAGCGGACGAAGAAACUGAAAAGCUCAAAGCAAAGUUGGUGGAAUUAGAAAAUAGCGGAGCGGGUAGUGAAGAAUACGCGGCCAAGCUACGGGAAUCAGGAUUGCGUCUUCACGAAUCGGAAAGGGCGUUAAGUACUGCUCGCCAAGACCUGUCGACGGCUAGGGAGAUGUUAUCGCAAGCGACAGCGCAGAACGCGGCGUUGCAGCAAAAGUACGCCAGGGCCAGACGAGCCGCCAGAGAGCUACGAACAGACAUUGUGGCCAGAGACGAGUUUUAUCAACAAUUAUUGCAGGAGAAAGACACAGAGUACAAUGCGUUAGUGAAGAGUCUUAAGGACAGAGUGAUCACGUUAGAAGUGGAGUUGACGGAGACGCAGAGACGAUUCGGUUUGCCUGUGCGAUUGCCAUACGAUAAUACGACUGCCAGGAUAGUAACGCCACAACUUUCUCGUCGACAACUACCACCGCCGCCUUCGUCAACCAGCUGCCAGCUCUCAGACACGGAGACAUCCGAUCUCAGUAGUCCAGACGACGGUGAUAAGACUGCGACUGUGGAGAGAAAAUUGCCUCUGCCAAUACCGGUGAAGGAAGAACUAGAUCGCGCUGUACCAGCUCAUCGUCUGCUGGAUAAUUCCGCGGGCAAAAGCAAGGCUGAGCUAGCCAGCCGGGGCGGAUUGGCGAAUCGUCAAUUGCCCAAACGCUCCGGAGGCCUCAGCAAUAGCAGCUCCGAUUAUGGUCUGGACGAAUCAGGUGAUAAUACGGAUGACGAUUCCUCUUCAAAACUUACCUCGCAGGACAACAGCAGCAGGUCGCCCAACGACUUUACAUGCAAACAGUCCAAUUUGAGUUCUUACUCCAGCACUUCGUCUAUCAGUUCGCUCAAAAGCAAAUCGCAUAUGGAUCCUAUACAUGCCACUAUGAUCCGACAGCACAGUACUAUUAGCUCACAAGUCAGAGCAAUGACUGAACAGAGUUGGCCACAAUCGCAGAAAACUUUAACUGGACCUCCUGCAUCACUGGCAGAACAGCUAAAACAGGUUUUAGCAGAGAGAGAGAAACGACUUGGCGGGAAUGAUUCCUCGCGAGAAAGCUCUGGAGAUUUCAGUGAUCUCAACAAUCCUCAUAAUGAUCCAACGAUGGUUACACAUCAUCUUGUGGAAGAAAUACGACAAGCUGUUAACGAGGCUAAUCAAAGAGUGAAAAAGGUGUCAAUUUCCCCAUCGAACUUAAUCAGUAGUGGAAGUGCACCUUGGCAUCAUCCAGGAAGUUCUCCUUCAAGCUUGUCUUCUGGCGGUUCCGUGAGUCCUCCCGGUGUUGAUCCUAGUCUUUCAAAAGCCGGUAGUCUAGCAGAUUCGAGCACAGUUUGGUUGCCCGCUCACCUAAGCGACUUUGGUUUAGGUGACAAAAAAUCUCACUUCUGGCAGAAUGCACCAGUCACGGAUUGGUCCAAAGAGCAAGUUUGCCAAUGGCUUACGGGAAUUGGUUUAGAACACUAUUCGUCGCAAUUUUUGGAUAACGGCAUCAACGGAAGUAAUCUAUUACGUUUGGAAUCCAGGGAAUUGAAGGCCCUAGGAGUUUACGGUGAAGCUAAAGCGCAUCUAAAGCGCAAGUUGAAAGAGUUAAGGGCCCAGGCCGAUCGCGAGCGCAAGGAGCGCAAGGAAAUAGAGCGAAUGCGACGAAAAGCGGAAAAAGCCGCACGGAAAAAAUAGCUCGAGAGUGAAUUAUAAAGGCGUUCAAUAUCAAUUAGAGGCGCCCGAUAGGAUAAUGCGGACUUUUUCAACGCUAGGUGUACAGGGUAUCUCGAAAGAGGUAAAUAGAGGAAUUAAUAAAAUGAAUAAUAUCAGAAUUUAUUUAUUGAAAAAUUAUAUUUAUUGAGAAACAUUGGAGAUUAAAUUUUUCUUAGGAAAUUUGAAUAAAGAAAUGACGCCGUCCAUUUCACAUAGGAUGUCAUUUAGAUAUGUCAUCUAGAAAACCAUCUACAUAUUCUUGUCAUAUUUAUGAAAGAAUUGUAUGUAAAAGUUUUUUAAAUAUUAGUGUUUUUUUUGUCAAUCAUCUCUUUGAGGUUUAUCGUCUUUUAAAAUAAUUUCAAACAGUAUAAAAUUGAGAUCAAAAUCAUAUUAAAUAAUUUCUGAUGAUACUUAAAGAUAACAGAUCAUAUUUAUUUCAAAUAAUUCAUAAUAGUAAUUAGGAGAGUAGUAUUAAUCUUGUAAUAAUUUAAUUUAAAGAAAUAAUUUAUGCUUAAUUAUGCUUAUGAAUUAUUUGAAAUAAUUAAUAAUAUAGUGUGAUGACAGCAAUUUUUCGUCAUUUAAUGUCAUUUGUUACUACAAUUUAAUUUUAGUCAAAAGAAUUAUUAUAUUCUAAUAACAAAUUAUCAACUUUUGUGAUAACUCUUUUAAUUUUGAAAGAAUGUUAUAUUUAAAUUUUCAUUAAUUUUAAAUAUUUUCUAAUAAAAUUAUUAUAAAAGUACAUAAUUAGUCGAAAUAAUUCCUAAUAAUUGAAAUUACA